GUGACCUUAGAGCAAGUCUCCAGAAUGAAAUUCCUAAAGCUAUUAGGAUAUAGUAAAGAAGAGCUUCAAAAGAAGGUGGCCACACGGUUGAAGAGUGACUUGGGGCUAGGUGAGAGCCCUCAGUUCAAGAGAGAUGACCUCAACAGUAACGGACAACAGGCCUUCUACAGCCAGGCCUCCAAACACACCACAGAGGAAGCCUCUGCCUCCUCAGCUUUCUUUGAUGAAUUGGUCCCUCUGAACAUGACUCCUCGGGAGAUUCCUCUGCUUGCAGACACCGAUGGACUCCUGAGCCAGGCUCUCCUGCUUGGGGAACUGGGUCCUGCUGUGGAGCUAUGCCUGCGGAAAGAGCGCUUUGCUGAUGCUAUCAUCCUGGCCCAGGCUGGGGGUGCAGAUCUGCUGAAGCAAACACAGGAGUGCUACUUGGCCAAGAAGAGAACCAAAAUCUCCUCGCUUUUAGCUUGUGUUGUGCAGAAUAAUUGGAAAGACAUGGUGUGUGCCUGUAGCCUGAAGAACUGGAGAGAGGCCCUGGCCUUGCUACUGACAUACUCAGGGCCAGAGCAAUUCCCUGAGCUCUGUGACAUGUUGGGAACUCACAUGGAGCAAGAGGGUGGCAGGGCCCUAACAUCUGAAGCCAGAUUCUGUUAUGUGUGCUCAGGGAGUGUGGAGCGGCUGGUAGAGAGCUGGGCAAAAUGCCACCAGGCUUCGUCCCUCAUGGAUCUGCAGGAACUGAUGGAGAAAGUGAUGGUUCUUAACAGGAGCUUGGAGCUACUGCAGGGUCCUCAUAGAGUGAGCCCAGGUCCUGCCACAACCUACAGGGUUACUCAGUAUGCCAACCUCUUGGCAACCCAGGGCAGCCUGGCCACUGCCAUGAGCUUUCUGCGUGACUGUGCUCAGCCAUCAAUGCAGCAGCUAAGAGAUCGGCUUUUUCAUGCCCAAGGUUCUGCUGUCUUGAGCCAACAAUCUCCCCCUUUUCCCUUCCCCCGGGUUGUUGUGGGAGCUACCCCCAACUAUAAGGAGACAUCAUCUUACAGAUUGGGAUCCCAGUCUUCUCACCAGGUUCUACCUCCAUCUCCAAAACCAAAGGUUUUCCCACUUCAGUCAUCACUAGCGAUGCCAUUGACACCUUCCCAUCCUAGCUCUCAUCAGGGCUCCAGGAUACAGAAUAUAAGUGACUACAGGGCACCUGGCCAGGCAACCCAGCCUUUGCCUUUGGGUAGGCGUGGACCUCAAAAUUCCUGGAAAGAAGCUCUGGCCCCCAGGGGAAACCUCCAGAGGAAAAAGGUCAAUGCAUCUUUCUUCACCCCUCCCCUCAUUCCUUUACUGGUGCCCUACAUUCUAGUGCCUUCCAGAAUUCAGCCCAGUCCUUCCCAUUCUCAGGCUGUCUUCUCUCAUCUCCCACUCUUCUCUCCUGCUCUUUCUCUCUCACAUUCAUACACCAGUCUUCCCAAUUCCCUGUUCUCCACUCACUGUUCUUUCUCCUUGUUCACUGUAAUCUCUGCCACUCCCCAAAACCAGGGCCUAUGGAGUCUGUCAGCUUGGACUCACAUGCCUUUCUUUCUUUCUCUUUAGCUGCUAGAGACAUUUAUGCCCCCAGCACCAAUUAUUGCUCUAGUUAUGAGUCUCAACCCUGAGCCACAAGGGUUCCUUCCCUCACAACCCACUCUCUCCAGUGUGAAUCAUGCUCUCCCUGGAGCUUUAGGAGAAUUCAGCCUGCAGGUGACAGGGACAAUGUGUUCCCCUUCCUGAAAAACCUUGCAGCCCUCCUUGGGUGUAGAAAAGUGGGAGCAUGGUAGAUGGGCCUCAUUACUCAAUGCAGAGGCAGCCUCUGAGAUGGAGGAGACUGGGAAUGGGUACCAGGUGUCCUUACUGCAGGGAAGGGGAGGGUGCCCCUCCCCCAGCUCUGCUGUGCUCUAAUGGGAACAGUGUGACUCUGAGUCACUGAGGACUAGUCCUUAGGGAGGCCGUGAGAAGGACAGCUUGCCUGUCUGUCCGUUCUCCUUGCUUCUUCAUUGGCAACUUCAGCAACUGCCACCUGAGAAGAAGGAGAGGAAGGAGCUGCCCCCAGUGCAUCAGUCCUUGAAGACCAGCUUUGAGGCAUUUCUCCAGCACUGCUCCCUACCUGCAACUGACUUAAAGACAAAGAGGAAGCUGGAUGAGGCAGCCCGACAUCUAGAAUGUCUAUAUGAGAAGCUCUGUGAGGGGACAGUCCAUAUUUCUCUGUAGCCCCAGAGACUGGGGUCGAAUUGACUGCUUCAAACAAGUCAUGGAUGUGACGGGUGGGUGCUGAACAGAACCAAGAGAGGAAACUUUGGCCCUUUUUAAGUGGAACUUCUCAUCUGCCAGCAUUAUUAAGGGUGGGCUAGUUUAAGUGGAAGAUGGAAGGGGUGAACUGCCUUUUGCUGGGAGCUGCCUUAGGCUUUGAGAUAGAAGGAGAGGGACCACAGCCUAUGGGGAAGGGCCCUUGACUCUACCUAUGGUUGAGCUCUGGCCCAAGGCCCUAGACUAUUUAUUCUGUAAUUAUAAGCCCAAUUUGGAAUAGGAGCCAUAUUAACAAAAGACUCUUCUAGCACUGGUCCUCAAGGUUUGGGGGCCCUUCUCCCUCAGCCACAUGUCUCAGGGCUACGUUCUCUGGCUACAUUUUCAUGGUUGAACUCUGCAUUUGAUGAGUUGAUGUAUUUAAUGGUGCAAUAAAGCGGCUUUGAUUUGA